UCCAGCCUUGCCCCGAGAUAGGUACCAGCCAUUAUCAAGUACCGGACAAUUAGCCCAUCAGACGUUAGUGAUGACAGAGAGAUAAUCGGCGUGAAGCAGCGGCGGCCUCUGCAUCAGGAGACACCUACCGGUUACUUUAUGGAAAGGGAUUAUACACAGACGUGAAGCCACUCACCACUAAGAAACUUUUUGUCUAUUUUGAAACAUGGAUGACGAAGAUGAAAAUCUCACCACCUUCCUCGCUUAUACAAAGAGCCCUAAGACAACAAAAAGAACUUCCUUUCAGGAUGAGCUGAAGAAGGCAGUUAGUGCUCGAGUGUCUCGACAGCAAGCAGUGGAGGAUGCAGAAUAUUCGGAUUACUCUGAAGAGUUUGAAAGUGAUGAUAGCUUAGACGCGUCUUUUGGAAAGACAAACACGAUUGAGUCAAAACUGCAAAAAGAUCUUCAGAAUUUUAACAUGUCUGACGACGAGGUGGAUCUGUAUGGAAAGAUGUCCUUCCUUAAAAAAAGCCAAGCAGAGAGAAGCUUCAGUAAGCACUCUGACAAAAGCAAGAGCACGGAAAAUAUCAUCCAGCCGGACUAUCAAGAUGGUUUCACGAAGUCAGGAAGGAAACCCAUACCAAAGCCAAGAGAAUCCAAGAUUAAAAGUUCACCGUCAUCUGAAGGAUUUGGCAUCUCUUUGCCCACUGCACCGCAUAGCCACUUGUCUGGAAGAAGCAGUCACCUGGAAGACAAGGCAGAGGGAAAGUUCUCCAGUGACAAGCCGACUUCACUCUCUGCUCCUUCUUCUCUAAUGAGACUUAAUGAUAAAGUUUCUGCUUCUAACACACAGUUUCUCUCGGAGAGAUCUAGCCCAGAGGGACAUUGGCUGUCAAGCCCACCAUCACCAACUGCAAGAUUUAGGCCUCCAUCAAUAGCAGCUGACAAAGUGAACAGGACGCUGUCUAAGGAAGAAGAACCAAAGACACUUAAAGAUCUACAAAUCCAAGAGGUAGAUGGUGAUAGAAACAAAGAGUCAAGCGGCAAUGGAAGAAAAUCUCCUUCUCUUUUUGACAUGAUGAUCUCAGAUGUAAAAGAAAAGUCUCUGCACAAAGACACCAAAGAUGCAUUUGUAAGGAAGAGUCCAGGAAAUCAAUCCUUUGUCGAAAAAAAAGAUGACAAUGAGACGGACGAACAGCAUGGGCAGUUGGAUCAUCAAAAGAACUUAAAAGCAACAUUGGAACUAGGUACAUCUCAUUCAAACAGAUCUUUUUCUGCCCCACAUACCAAGAAGUCUCCUAAACUCCACGCUCAAGUCUCUGCUAAGUCCCGCUAUUUGGGAACACUAACAAUACUGGACACAUCUGUUAAUAAGGACAGUGGUGAUGUAGACGCGGCUGAUGUACUGCGGGCUACUGUUUAUCAGAACUGGCUGGAAAAGAAGAAAAUAUUUCUUCAUGAACUGCAGAAACUAAAAAAGGCCGAAGAGCAUCUUGAGAAAGAAAAAGUGAGACAGGACAGCACUAUGAAAAAAGAAGAAGCAAUGGCUGCUUUUAUGGCAUGGAAAGCCGAGAAAAAGAAAGACGUAAAAAACAGUCAAGCAAAGAAAAAAAUGGAAGAAAUUAAAAAAAUGGAGGAACUUCAAGAAAUUGCACGUAAAAGGGAGGACUGCAGGAAGGCCUUUGAGAAAUGGAAGGAGGCCAAGGAAGACUACUUAAAGGAAAAGGUCCUGAAAGAAAAGCACUCUGAAGUGGAGAAGAAGAGAAAAGAACAGAACGCUUUCAUGGAGAAGAAAAGGGAAAACUUAUCUGCAUUUGAAAGAUGGAGUGACCGCAAGGAACAUGUAAUAAAAGAAAAGAAAAAACAAGAAAUGCUUGAGAAACAAAAGCUGAAGACACUGCAAGCUGAAAGGGAGGAGAAGGAGAAAAUAGCCAUGGAAAAAUACGAACAAUGGCUGGACAGGAAAGAAAGAAAAGAAAAGAUUGAAAAGAAGCAGAAGAAGCUCCAGGUUAUUUUAGAUGAUGACCCUCCUCCUCCAUGGAGUCCUCCAGGAACAACUAUCCCAGCAGGGAGAUGAUUGUAGUCUUUUUGCUCCUAUAUCUACCAUCUGAUAUAAAUAUUUCUCAUCAUCUUCCAAUAGUUUUGUGCACUCUUUUAUAUUGGCUCACAACCUUUACAUAGAAGGGCGGGAUACUGACCAGGUACAUAAAUAGAUGAAAUUUAAUGUAGGAGAAAUAAGUGUUCAAUCAAUGGAUUGUAAAAAUUCUAUAUAGACCUGACCUUAGUCAGUGGGAUCUGUUUGGCAACAUUGGUUCCAGUUAUGAGCCAAAUCCGGCAGAAGAACGGAAAUAACUAGCAGCGAUGUGAACAUGACCUUAACUGGACAUACUGUAAGCAGUGUGAUUUUUUUAUAUUAUGGUUUGGUUUCUAUUCAUAAUUUAUUUUUCAUUUUACAUUAAAAAUUGCUCAGGACAUUUUCAACAAAAAAAAGUAAAAAUAUCUUAAAAUUGCAUUUACCAGACCUCAUAAAUUUACAGAUCUUGAUUUUUAUGCCAUUUUUGUAUGUAAUUAUU